AUGGCCUCCAGCUUCCCCUUCUCCUGCCCCGGGGGGCAGCGAGCUGUGCCCCGCCGUGAGCCCCGGGGAGAGCGGCUCUACGGAAGAGAUGGCAUCCUGCCGGCCCGCAAAGUGCUACGCCUCAGCGGGAAGGGGCUGUGGGAACAACUACGGGAUUUUCCCACCCUCUUGUGGCUCAGUCCCCGUUUGGGUUUGGAUACGGAGCUGGGGAUGGAGCUGAUCUGCCUCCUCGGUGUGCUCGCCUCCUUCGGCGCCUUGGUGUUCGAGCCCCUGCGGGACAGCCUGCUGUUCGCCCUGCUCAGGGUGCUCUAUCUCUCGCUUUACCAGGUGGGGCAGGUCUUCCUCUAUUUCCAGUGGGACAGCCUCCUGCUGGAAGCGGGUUUCCUGGCGGUGCUGGUGGCCCCCCUGCGCCUGCUGAAGUGGCGGUCCACGGCCUGGCGCGCCCACGACGGCGUCACCUUCUGGCUGGUGCGCUGGCUCCUCUUCCGGCUGAUGUUCGCCUCCGGCGUGGUGAAGCUGACCAGCCGCUGCCCCACCUGGUGGGGGCUCACAGCUCUCACCUAUCACUACGAGACCCAGUGCAUCCCCACGCCAGGUGCCUGGUUCGCCCACCAGCUCCCCGUCUGGUUCCAGAAGUUCAGCGUGGUGGCCACCUACGUCAUCGAGAUCGCCAUCCCGCUCCUCUUCUUUGCGCCCAUCCGCCGUCUCCGACUCUUCGCCUUCUACAGCCAGGUCCUGCUGCAGGUCCUCAUCAUCCUCACGGGUAACUACAACUUCUUCAACAUGCUCACCAUCGUCCUGGCCUUCUCCCUGCUGGAUGAGGAGCACGUGGGGCGCUGGCUGGGGCGCAGCAAGAGGAGGCACGCCAGCACCUGGCCCCCCAGCCUGCGGGCCGUCCUCUCCACCCUGCUGGAGCUGAGUGCCUAUGGCUUCCUGCUCUACUGGAGCAUCCAGCGCUUCGGCCUGGAGAUCAACUGGGAGAAGAGGCUGCUGGACUCUAAAGUGGCCUUCACCUAUCACGAGUUCACGACGUGGCUGCGGGCGGUGACCCUGCCGUUGGUGGGGCUGGGCUUCCUCUCGCUCUCCUGGGAGAUCCUCUCUGCCAUGUACAGGUGUGCCUGCGUCCGCGGCUGCUUCUGGAAGCUCUGGGCCACGCUGCAGUGGGCCGUCUUCGCCACGGCAACCAUGGGGAUGUUCGCCAUCAGCUUGGUGCCCUUCACCUACAUCGACUACGAGUCCAACGGCAAGCUGUGGCCCGGCAUCCACCAGAUGUUCAAUGCAGUCGAACGCUUCCAGCUGGUGAACUCCUACGGGCUCUUCCGCAGGAUGACGGGCGUCGGGGGGCGGCCCGAGGUGGUGCUGGAGGGCAGCUAUGACAAGCAGACGUGGACGGAGAUCGAGUUCAUGUACAAGCCUGGGAACGUCAGCGCGCCCCCCCCCGUGGUCGCCCCGCACCAGCCCCGCCUCGACUGGCAGAUGUGGUUCGCGGCCCUGGCCCACCACAGCAGCAGCCCCUGGUUCACCAGCUUCGUCUACCGCCCGCUACAAGGCAAGUUUUUUGAGGGGGUGAUCCGCCUGGUGCAGGUCGACGAGUCGCGGUACCCCUUCAGCACCCAGCCCCCCGUCUACAUCCGCGCCCAGCUCUACAAGUACUGGUUCACCAGCAGCGCCGAGGGCAGCGAGGGCCCCGCGCCAUGGUGGCGGCGGCAGCAUGUGCAGGAGUUCUUCCCCACCGUCUCCCUGGGCGACCCGACGCUGGAGAGCCUGCUCAGCCAGCACGGGCUGAAGGUAAGGCCUCGCGCCGCAGCCGUGCCGCGCUCCCCGCCGCCGGUGCGAUCCCCACCCUAG